AUGAACAUCUUCAGAAGCCACGAUCCGAACGCGGCAGAGGUCGUCAAGAUCCCCGCUGGCCAGCUCUUCCUCACGCGCACCGAGUCCGUGCGCGGCGGACGCGAGUGUCUGUACAACGACGCGAUGGCGACUAUCCGGAGGGUGCCGUCGAUGGAGCACACGUUCCAGCUGGUCAUCACGCGGGUGUACGAGGACGGGGACCAGGAGCUGCUCGAGGACGAGGAGGAAACCGACGAAGAACGCGUCUUCCUGAUCUGCGACGCCCUCGAGUUCCGUUCGGGCAAGUCCGCAGACAACGAGCCCGCGUUCAUCUGGCGGGACGUCGAGGGCGACGAAGACGAGCUCUUCGAGUUCGUUGCCGCAGGCACUAAUGAGCCCACGCGCGCGUUCUUCGAGACAUGCAUGUACCGCGCCAUGUACGAGAUCAAGUACCGCGCGAGUGCGGACAAUGUUUUGGACUCGGAGCUGCAGCAGUUCAUUUGGCAGCCACCCGCAACGAAGAAGUCGAAGAAGACGUCACAGGGCCAGGCGUCCAGAUCCACCACAACCGCAGUUGAAGAGACGCCUACAGAAGAGGAGGAGCCGGAGCCCGUCGCCACUUCCUCUGGCUCGAACCUCCACGCCCUCGCCGCGCACGAGGACCCGAGCAUGCCGUCGAUAUUCUCCGGCGUCGCGGAGCUGCAUCUGUGGGACCCGGAGCAGAGUACGUACGAGAAGGAGGCGGAUGUCGUCGUGCGCAUCGCGCAGAACACGGCGCGCGGGCAAUACUACUACCAGCUCGUCGCGCUCGACGAGCACCAGCGACCCCUCGUCGCGCAGGACGUCACGACGGAUAUGAACGCGCGAUUGGCGGCGCGGGUGCUGUCGUUCACGUGGAACCAGCAGGACUCGAACGGGAUAGGGAAGAGCUGGUGUGUGCGGUUCGAGGAGGAGGAGCCGUACAAGGAGUUCACGGCCGCUUUUGCGCGUGCGCUGUGGGAAGGUGGGAACCAACUUCCAUGGGCAAAGGCGAAGUUUGAGGACCAGAACUAUGUUAUGAGCUCAAACGCGGAAGAUGUAGAGAUGAGGGAUGUCGAAGAUGACGAGGACGAGGAAGAUGCAGUGGCUGAAGAGCUAGACAAGAGUGAUGAAGAAGAGGAAGAGGAAGAGUUUGAGGAGGAAGAAGAGAAUCCCCUUGUAAAAUCGGGCGGCCGCAAUACCCAACUUGCUGUUGGCUACAAGGGCGAUCGUUCGUACGUCGUACGUGGAGACAAGAUUGGCGUGUUCGCACAUAUGGACGACCACAACGUGAGAUACUCCGGAACUAUCAGCAAGCUUGCCACACCCAAGGGCAAGGCUCUGAACCCCAAGCAUGCGAUGCUCCACGAUCAAGACACGAAAAUGAUCCUUCAGUCGCCCAACGACCCACACGCGCUGUUCCACCUCGACAUCGAAACCGGCAAGAUCGUCGAGGAGUGGAAGGUGCACGACGACAUCCAGGUCGACCACAUCGCCCCGGACAACAAGUUCGCGCAGAUGACACCGGAGCAGACCGUCGUCGGCAUCUCGCACAACGCGCUCUUCCGCAUCGACCCGCGCGUGUCCGGCACGAAGUUGGUCGACUCGCAGUACAAGCAGUACGCGGGCAAGAACGCGUUCUCGGGCGUGACGACGACCGAGUCCGGCAAGCUUGCCGUCGCGAGCACCAAGGGCGACAUCCGCCUCUUCGACUCGAUCGGCAAGAACGCGAAGACGGCGCUGCCCCCGCUCGGGGACCCGAUCGUGGGCAUCGACGUCACCGCGGACGGCCGCUGGCUCGUCGCGACGACCAAGACGUACCUGCUCCUCAUCGACACCCUCAUCGGUGAGGGCAGGUACACCGGCCAGCUCGGCUUCGAUCGCUCGUUCCCCGCGGACGCGAAGCCGAUCCCGCGUCGGCUCACGGUCCGCCCCGAGCACGUCCAGUACAUGGGUGGCAGCGUGUCGUUCACGCCCGCAAGGUUCAACAUGGGCUCAGGCAAGGAGGAGAACACGAUUGUGACCUCGUCCGGGCAGUAUGUCAUCGCGUGGGACUUCAAGCGGGUGAAGAAGGGCAACCUGGACAAAUACGAGAUCAAGCAGUACGAAGAGCAGGUCGUCCAAGACAAUUUCAAGUUCAACGACGACAAGCAAAUCAUCGUCGCUCUCACGAACAACGUGCACGCCAUGAACAAGAAGCAGCUACAGCGGCCUACACGGACGUCGCUCGCGCCCAGCCGCAGCAGCCGCUCCGGAAUUGUCAAUUCUCCCUACUGA